UCACAUGGACACAGACACAGGCAUGCACCACAACAACAACCAACAAUUCAAAAUCCAGCACAACAACCAACAGUUCAAAAUCCAGCACAGCAACCAACAGUUCAAAAUCCAGCACAGCAACCAGCACAAACAGAGCAAGGACAUAAAAGAAGUAGAGAACAAGGAAACCAAGAAUUCUUA